UAAUACAUCUCUUAUAGCUGGCAACAUUAUUGUUGUUGUUUGGAUUUUAUUGAUAUUGGCGGUUCAUUUUAAAACAAGCAUUUCAAUCUACUGAAUAAUUGUGUUAUGGAUCGCAAAAAUGUGGAGAUCUUCUCACCAAUAAAGAAUUUUGAUGAGGGGAAAAAUAAACGACGUACGGAUAGUUUUUCAAAAUUUUUGAAAGGACCUGAAGCAUUUAAAAAUAGUUCUACAAAAGCUGAGGAAAAUGUUAAUGAGGAGAUUCUUUCUAUUAAAAACAUUGCAAGUAAAACAGUUCAAGAUAAAUCUACUGAAAGUGAAGUAAUAUCUUCAUUCAGCCAAGAUGACUCAUUUGUUAGUUGUCCUGGAUCAGACAAUUCUUUGAAGAAAGUUGAUAAAUCGGAUAAUUCCCAAUCUUGCUCUUCUAAAAAAAAGGAUCUUUCAAACACUUUUGUAACUGCAAUACAUAAGGAGAUAAAUCAGCAGAGUGAUGCUGAACGCAAUACUGAAAGAAAGCAUGCAUCAAGUACAAAUUCCUUGCAGUUGCAUUCAAUUGAAAAUUCUGUGCAGCCUGCCGCUAUUGCUGUAUCUGAAACCUCUAGAACUAAAGAAAUUAGAAAUACCAAUCCACCAUCUUCAUUGAACCAACAUAAACAAUCAUCUCAGGUACGUUCAGAUAAGAAUUCUGUACAGUCUGGCACUGCUGUUGUAUCUGAAACUUCUGGAUCUAAAGAAAUCAAGAAAACUGAUUACCCAUCUUCAUUGAGCCAGCGUAAUCCAUUAUCUCAGAUUCAAUCUAGAAUUGAAAAAAUGGUGUCUGAUGCUCUUGAGACGCAAGUAGAAAAUCUUCACCAACUAAUGUGGUCUCAUCACUGCAAUUUGUUAAAAGCUUUAUAUGCAAAUAAGGAAACAUUGGAGCAUAGGCAGGCAUUAGAAAGAGAAACUUUAUGUAAAAUAAUGGAAGAACUUGCAGAAGAAAAUCGUCAACUUCGUAAUGCAGCAUUCGAUCAGUAAUAAUUUUUUGUGCAUUUAUUUUUCUUAUGUAUUUUGUAAAAUUAAUAAACCAUUAUAUUUUAAAACAUC